CCUACUACCCUGGGGGGCCUGGACCACUGCACAGUCUUCACUGACAGAGCUAAUCUCUCAGCAAAAGCACCCUUUCCCCUUUGGCUCUUCCCAAAGGAUUAGCGUUCAACUAGUGGUUCUGCACUGCUACAGUAAUCUGUAAUCGUUGUGGGUAUUAGGGUUUUCAUUUUUCAGUAUUCAUCUUCUAUAUUCGGAUUUUUUGCAAUCCUCCACUGUGAUUAUAUUCGUGUCCUGAGGGUACAAGCGGGUUGCGGCUGAUAAUGGACGGUGAGGAGUUGACAGAGCAAGAGACUGCUUUGUAUGACCGCCAGAUUCGUGUAUGGGGUGUUGAUGCGCAGAGAAGGUUGAGCAAAUCUCAUAUUUUGGUUAGCGGAAUGAAAGGAACUGUUGUUGAGUUUUGCAAGAAUAUUGUUCUUGCUGGAAUUGGUAGUUUGACCCUGAUGGAUAACAGGCUGGUCACAGAAGAAGCCCUUUCUGCAAACUUCUUAAUUCCUCCUGAUGAUAAUAUGUACAGCGGGCAUUCUCUUGCUGAACUUUGCUGUGAUUGCUUGAGAGAUUUCAAUCCAAUGGUCCAUGUUUCUGUGGAGAAAGGUGAGUAUCUACCAUACCUCAUGUAAUUUUAUUUUAAUUUUUGAUCAGUCAAACCCGACUAUGGGAUUAUACAGUAUAAUCUUCCAUUCUUGCAUAAAACGAACAAGCUUAUAUAAAAUGUUUCUAAAUGGAUCUAAUGUUGGACCGUUCUAGCUUCUGUCCUGGCUGUCGGUUGUCAUGGCAGCCUAACAAUAGGACAAUCAAGUCCAACAUGUUUUUACUAUUUUAUUAAUUAACAAAGGGUAUACUCAAGUCCAACAUCUUAGCACAAGAAAUAUGGAUUUUUAUGGUGGUCAAGGGACUAGCUUAUAGUGUUGGAUACAUGACAUUUAAGCUAACUAACCCACGGUUGGUGGUCAUACCGUCUGAUCUAAAUAUUUAGAUUUUGGGAUGUUUUAUUGACAAGUCAAUGAUUUUCAUAGGGGACCUCUGGUGCUUAGAGACAUACAGACCACCCAGGCCUAGUGAUCAACCAUUCAAGCCUGGUUGUCUUAUCUGAGGCUUAGCAAUCAUGGACUAAUCUGUUUUGUUGUAUUGCUGACCUCUUGAACCUUAGGUAGUUUGAAUAGGCU